AGGCCGGCUCUGAUUUGAUAUCAUCGGGUAUUAAGUAAUCAUAGUUCAAUACUUCUUAUCAGAAAAUAUGGAUUAGUACAGGUUCAAAGUGUGAUAUGAAGUUCCUCAGUUUCACAUAUAAAUUGUAAAACCACCGUACCUAUCUGUCGAUAAUUAACCUCAUAAUAUCAGCCAUGAGUAAUUUAUUGUUAACAAUUAAUAAUAGGUUAGGUAUGAUAAUUAAUGGUGAAAUUUGCGAUUAUCGCUAUCGCAGCUUCUCCAUGAUUUAUUUUUAAGACUGUAAAUUAGCGAACCUAGUGGUUACGACUGCAACUAAAAAGAGAAGAAUGUUCACGAAGUUAGAAAAGCCAACUUCUCGUUUUAUUUCAUAUAAGACGGUCAAGUGUUGAGUAACAAAUUGUACGCGGAACGGGUUUUGGUUUGUGUAAACUGUUUUAAAAUAGCUCGGGAAUAAGGCCAGAAUCGUAUCCGAGCUCAGCAGUAAGCUCCUAAAAGUAGGAACUCUUAAAUAAAGGUUAAGUUCUGCUUUCACCCAGUUUUCAAAGUGAUUAUUCGUGUGCAGUGCUUUUUUUUUAAUUAUUUGUGUAAUUUCGAAAAAAUGUCGGAAAGUAAAGGAUCUUUAAUAGCAAAAUCGGUACAGAAACAUGCAGGGAGAGCAAAAGAAAAG